AUGUUGCACCUAAACUCCAUUCCUGAAGUCUACGUUACGAAAGUUGCGCAAUGCGCGCAAGUGGCGCUAGGGUGCAGUCGUGCUGCCCACCAGACAGCACUCCGGGGUACUAUCAAGGCCAGUCCUCAGCUUGCCGCACUUACUCCAAAGGUUCGAGCAUUUGUAGAACGAAGUGCGGCCCUAUGCGAACCGGAACACGUGCAUAUUUGCGAUGGAUCCGAAGCAGAGGCGACCACCUUGCUACAGCUUAUGCAGCAGCAGGGCACGCUUCGCCGUCUGCCCAAGUACGACAAUUGCUGGUUGGCUCGCACCGAUCCAGCAGACGUGGCCCGUGUGGAAUCACGAACAUUCAUCUGUUCCGAAAACGAGCGCGAUGUGGUGCCAGCAGCCAGAGCUGGUCAGAAAUCUGCUCUAGGAAAUUACAUCACGCCAACGGAUUACGAGAAGGCUAUCUCUGAGAGAUUCCCUGGUUGUAUGCGAGGUCGCACAAUGUAUGUGAUUCCAUUCUCGAUGGGGCCAGUGGGUUCCCCAUUAUCUAAGAUUGGAAUCGAAGUGACUGACUCUCCUUACGUGGUGUACUCAAUGCGCGUCAUGACUAGAAUGGGUACACCAGUUUUGGACUUGUUACGCAAAGACGAACAGUUUGUCCGCUGCCUACACUCUGUUGGCAAGUCGGGAGGAAUCCCUGGAUGGCCGUGUGAUCCUCCCAGAACAAUUAUCUUACACAAGCCUGAUGAAAACGAGAUCGUCAGUUAUGGAAGCGGUUACGGUGGCAACAGCUUACUGGGGAAAAAAUGUUUCGCGCUACGUCUAGGUUCAGUGCUGGCGCGAAAAGAAGGUUGGCUCGCGGAGCAUAUGCUGAUCGUGGGUAUAACAGAUCCAAAAGGUCGUAAGCGCUACAUAGCAGCCGCUUUCCCGUCGGCCUGUGGAAAGACCAACCUGGCCAUGAUGACGCCAACCUUACCAGGGUACAAAGUGGAGUGUGUUGGAGACGACAUUGCGUGGAUGAAGUUUGACAAAAACGGUGUCCUCAGAGCUAUUAACCCGGAGAACGGGUUCUUUGGAGUUGCUCCCGGAACCUCCAUUGAAACAAACCCGAUAGCAAUGGCUUCUAUCUUCCGCGAUACUGUGUUCACCAACGUGGCAGAAACGAGCGAUGGCGGUGUGUGGUGGGAGGGCAUGGGGAAAGCUCCCGAGAGCUUGAUCGACUGGAAGGGUCAGCCUUGGGAUCCUAGCAAGAAGACCUUUGCUGCACAUCCUAAUUCACGAUUCUGCACGCCGGCGGAGCAGUGUCCGAUAAUCGACAGCGAGUGGGAGAGUGGCGAGGGCGUGCCGAUAUCCGCGCUGCUGCUGGGCGGGCGGCGGCCGGCCGGCGUGCCGCGGUGCUGGAGGCGCGCGCCUGGCAGCAUGGUGUCUUCCUGGGCGCCAGCAUGCGCUCCGAGGCCACGGCUGCCGCAGAGCAUAGCGGUAAAGUGGUGA